AAACCAAAUUUCACAUUUCAUCUACCUUAAUUAGAUCAAUUUUUAAUUUAGGAAAAUGGACAUCUGAAAUUUUGAAAAUUUUCAAAAAAUUCAAAAUGAAAUUCAACAUCUCAGAUUCGGCUUACCGGGAACCUCAUGAAAUGUCCCCCAGGAAUUUGAAUGGGAAGUGGUCUCGGUGAUAGCCCUUGGCCCAAGUGCCACAACAUUAAAAUUUUAGCUGACAGUUUUGAGUUUAGCUCCCACAGUAAAAUUUUUAAUUUUAAAAUUCUCAAUAAUCGUUACCCCGAUGCUCAAGUUUUUCUCACGGCGUUGUCGUGGGAAAAUUUUGACCCACGCGCCAGUUAAUAAAUCGUACAUUUUUUGAUAACGUACAACCCAAAGGAAUUUACAGCUGGUUGAGGUACAUACGAUUGAAUUGCUGAAAUUUAUUUCAUCAUUUCAGUAAUUUUAUACCACUCAGUCGCAUGCAGCUAGUGACGCAAUGGAUCAUAUUAUGGUGAAGCAUCAUAGGUAACUAACUACCCACCUACCUUCGAUAACCAUGGCAUGAAUCAUUGAAAAACCAAGUUUAUCAAAAUAUUACAUUAUAGAAAAAGGAAAUGACAAGUUGAAAGUUUAAAUGCGAAAAAAAAAUCAUGAUUUAUGUAACAUGGCAUCAGAUUAAACAUAUGUACCACAUCUACAUAUGUAUGUACGUAUUCUGUAUGUGUAAUUGAGUUUCCUACUCGCAGUGACCAAUUUUAUCGUUGUUUGUUCGCAAAAUCAGAGUUAUUUUUUACAAAAAAAAGUCAAUUCUUGAUUCCAGCAGCUGGAAACUAAAAGAGAAUAAAAAUCAGUUACCUACAAGAAUAGAAUCAAUCACCAUGUCAGACGAAGAAAGAUUCCAACUAAUUGUUCAUAGACGAGAAGACGCCUCUCCUGACCCGAUCAUAUACGCAAACUUACUCAGUUCACUCCAAGAACAAAAUUUCUCCGAGUUCAUCGACACUCUAAAAACUAAGAAACCUGCAUCUUUCAAUGUGAAUCACUCCUACCCAGAUCCAGAAAAUGGCACAUUGCUACACAUCGCUUGUCGAUCAAAAGGUAAUUGGAGAUUUGUAAAGAUAUUGAUCCUAUACGGCGCUCGAGUCGAUGCAAUAAAUCAAAUAUAUGGCACGGCUGCAAUACACGAGGCAGUAAAAAGCAACGAUAUUUCAACUGUUGAAGUCCUGAGUCGAAAUGAAAUAAGGUCUUACGAGUGUAAUCUGAAUAUUUGUGAUAUAUCAGCCUCGACCACUUCUUCCGAACGUUUAACUUACAUUCGUCGGAGAGGAGCUGAUAUCAAUAUAAACGAUAUGAAUUGCCGAACACCGAUCAUGACAGCUGCUUACUUCGGCCAUCUUCAUAUUUUGCCAACGUUAUUCGAAAAUAAAAACGUUUCGUUGAAGCCAGUAGCAGGAAAAACCAUACUGCAUUCGUUGAUCGAUGGUGCGAGAGAAAUAGGCGAAGCUACGGGGUCUUUACGAAAGAAAUCAAGAUACCAUCAGUGUUUGGAUUACAUUCUGCAGAAAAUACCAAAUGAAAAAUGGCACGAGUUGGUCAACAAUCCGGAUCACUUGUUGAGGUAUGCGGCCAGGUUGCAAGAUCAGCAGAUUUUAAACAAAUUGGCACGAGUUUUUGGAAUUGGUGUCGAAAAUAUCACCAAGGAUAUAAAAAACCAAACAGAAAACAGCACCGCUGAUAGUGAGACGAUCCUUCGGACAAAACUUCUACCACACUUGAAAGAAAAAAAUAUCACCGAAUUUGAAUCCACCCUGAAAACUAAUCUUGAAUCCAUUGAUAUGAACCAUUUUAUGAGCGAUCCAGAAAACGGCACAUUACUCGACAUAGCCUGUCGUUCCAAAGGUAACCAUGAAUUUGUGAAAAUUUUGAUCGAGCAUGGAGCUGAAAUAAAUAAUAUCAAUAGAAUAAGUGGCAAGGCCCCAAUUCACAAGGUAAUAGACAGCGACGACAUCGAUACUCUAAAAAUCUUGAUGCAUACUACAACAAAUGAGAUAAUCUGUGAUCCAAAUCUGAACGAUAUAUUUGGCCAAACACCUGUAAUGAAAGCAGCCUACCUUGCUCGUGACGAUAUUCUAUCAACAUUGCUAAAAAAUGAACACGUUUCAUUGAAACCAGUUGCAAAAAAGACAAUACUGCAUAUGGUUUUCGAUGGAUGGAAGGACAUGAGCAGUAGAAUGGGAACUAUUUGUAAAGAAAACUUGUAUUAUAAAUGUCUCGAUUGCAUUAUAAAAGAGACAGAAGCGCGAGAUGAACUGAAAACUUUGCUGAUGCAAUCCCAUGUUUUGGAGUUGUUCGAUGAAUUACACGAUCUACGAUUUGGACAUAUGAUUUAUAAUGCCUGUGUCAAGUCAAAAUAUCCCAUUCCACAAAGCUUGAAGCAGAAAUAUUUUCCUCAGAUCCAGCUGGUUGCAGAUUCCCAGAUGGAGUCCGAGAACCGUACUUUUAAAAAAUACAAAACAAGACAACGAACACGUUCAGAAGGAAACCUGCAACCUUCUCCAAUACAAAUGAACCUAUUAUCCGCUUUGCAAGAUAAAAAUCUUCAUCAGUUCGAAACACUUCUAAAUCAAGAUACUCGUCCCGACAUAAAUUACUUUUACGUCGAGCAAAAAGGAACACUGCUGGACGUAGCUUGUCAAUCACACGGAAACAGUCAAUUUGUAGACCUUUUGCUAAAACAAGAUGUCAUUGACAUGAAUUUAAAAAACACCAUAACCGGUAAAGCUGCCAUACACGAGGCAGUACAAAACUCAGACGCUGACACAUUAUUAAUCUUAUUAAAAAACGACAAUUGCGAUAUAAAUCUGCCGGAUGCGAAAGGAUACACAGCUUUGGAUCAUGCAGCGAUGCAUAGAAAAUACCAAUUUAUCGAUUUCUUGUUCGAUUAUGGCGCAAAGAAGCCAAAAAUCAAAAAAGAUCUUCCUGUCAGGAUAACCAGUGUGGUGGAAAAACAAAAAGCCUGCGCUAAGUACACUCCUAUCAUGAGAGCUGCCAGGUAUGGUAAUUUCGAGACUUUCAAGAAACUGUUGGAAGAUCAUAAAGUAUCGACAUUCGUAGUCGAUGAAAAAUCAGUAAUUCACAUGGUACUGGAAGGUAUCCUAGCUAUGAAGUAUAUCAGCGAAGAUUACGGAUUAAUGGAAAAACAUUACCUGGCUGGAAAGAAUGGAUUCGAUUGCGAAAAGGAUGUUUUCGUUUUACCCUUGAAUUUUACUCUGGUUCCGGGUGAAAAACAAGACCAUUAUCGACUGCUCGAGUACAUUUUGAAAUCACCGAUACGAAAAAAAUGUCUGAAUUUGGCAGAUAAAGAUGGAAAUACACCUUUGCAUUACGCAGUGGUCUGGGAAGACUCGCGGAGCACAAUGGCUCUCUUGAAAGCUGGAGCUGAUAUGUGCAUUCCAAACAAACAUGGCGCUCGUGUUCUGCGUUUAAUAGAAACCCAGCAACUGGAAGAUUACCUCGACAGUUGUAUUUCAUCGAAUAAAUGCGGAACGAAGCAUGGCGAAUAUAAGAUCACAUUUGAUUACUCGAUGCUUGCUCAUACUCAAAUUGUCAAUGAAGUUGAACCAAUACUGAUAAUGGCCGAUGAACCUAGAUUCAGGCAUUUUCUCAAGCAGCACCCAUUGAUAAGGAAUUACCUUGACUUGAAAUGGCUGCUGAUAAGGAAACAUUUCAUCAGCAAAUUCAUUUUGUACCUGAUUUAUUUCCUCGCACUUAAUUUGUACAUUUUAAGCAAAUCUGUCUCAUAUUCAUUCUUUGAAAGCAACAUGGAAACUAUUGACUUUCUAUGGAAACCUUUCAUUUCGCUUUUUUGCGCCAUUUUCAUAAUCAAGGAGGCAUUUCAAGCGUUCUCUAAACCGCUGGGAAACUGGCUCACUUGGUUUAAACUAGCCUUAUUCGUAUCAACUUGUGUCCUACUGUAUGCACCCGAACAUUCCCGAGAAUUGGCAGCCGUAGUUAUAAUGGCUUCUUGGAUAAACCUCCUGCUAUUAAUAGGUCGAUAUCCUUCAUUUUCCACUCCCUUUGAAAUGUUCAAAAAAGUCUCGUGCAAUUUUAUCAAAUUUUUCCUCAUUUAUUCCAUCAUGAUUUUAGCAUUCGCCUUCUGUUUUCAUAUCCUGUUGAAAAAUUCUAACGAAUUUUCUCACGUUGCGAAUGCAAUUUUCAACACAUUGGUCAUGUCGAGCGGUCAAGUCGACUCGAAAUCGAUUUUAUCCGGAAAAGGGAACGAUGACAUCGGUCACGUGCAUGUGUUUUUUUUACUCUUCGUUUUCCUAAUCACUGUUGUACUUCUCAACUUGUUGAACGGAUUGGCGGUCGGUGAUACUCAGAAGAUUAGAAAGGACGCUGAAAUCGUGGGAAUUAUUUCUCGUGUCAGAUUCAUCGAGCAUAUGGAAAGCAGAGCUAAACACGAUCCGGAUUUAUGGAGGAAAAUUGUUGCAUUUUUAUGUAAUCUUCGUUCAAAUGGGUAUGCUCGUAAAAGACUACGCAAAUCUACACGUGUUGACUUAUCUUAUCACUUGGUAAAUUAUCAAGUCGAAGUGUACCCGAAUACUGGACGUUCGUCGCCUCUUUGGUAUGAAAUUGAUCGGGAAAUUGUCGAAGAUGCUGUUAAGAUUUUAAGUAAAACUAGAAAUCAGUUGGAUGACAGCGAUUCUUUGGAUGGAGAACAUUACGAUUUUACUUGGGUAACUUUACAGGGAAGUGAAAUUGAACAGCACGAAAUAAAUAAUGUAUAGGUAAUCAAUGAUCGUUAUCAUUUUGAACAAUAGAACUAAAAAUCGAAUAAGUAAAGAAAUUAUGAUUAAGAAGCAUUUGCAAAAUAAAUUUUCCAAAAAUUAAAAACGUAACUUUUCAUACAUAUGUACCUACUUAUUUCUAAAAACGAAACUAGUUGUUUAUUUCCCCUCAAGUCCAAAAAAGUUAUGUAUACCUACGUGCUACGUAGUCCUCACCAGCAGAAAAAAAAUUCAAAACAUCCAACUCAUAUGAAAAAAAAAAAAAUACUUAUUCAAAAAAUGUUCCUUUUGACCUCCAUUGGUCCUUGAAGCAAGUUUGGCCAACUUGUAUAUGUAGAACCCCCUCGGCCCCCACCUCCUCUACAUGAGAAAAAAUGAAAAA